CGCGCGGGGGUGCGGCGAGGGUGCGGCGGCGGCGCUGAGCGGGCCGGGCCGAGUGCGGAGGAGAUAAUAAAACCUUGAAAUAAAACCACCAUGAGGAGACUCCUGGAGGUGAUGCUAUGUUCCCUGUCUGUUGGUUUCACAAUUACGCACAUAUAAAACUCAUCAAAUUGUACACUCAGGCUUCCUGAAGUCCCCUUAUGGCUGGGCUGUGGUGGCUCAUGCCUGUAAUACCAGCACUUUGGGAGGCCAAGGAGGGUGGAUUCCUUGAGGUCAGGAGUUCGAGACCAGCCUGGGCAAUAUGGAGACAGGGUCUUGCUAUGUUGCUCAGGCUGAUCUUGAACUCCUGGCCUCAAGCAAUCCUACCACCUCAGCCUUCCAAAGUGCUGGGAUUACAGGCAUAAGCCACCAUACCUGGCCAUGAUAAAACUCCUUUUCGUCAUGGAGAAAAUCCUCAGUGCUCCACGCUCAGCUGCUACAUGUUCCAGAGCUUCACUUCUCCCUCCCGCAGUUCAGCCUUUGGCCAUUUCAUUCCUCAUUAGCACCUUCCCUGGGAAGAAGAAGAGAGAGAAGCUGGAACUCAGCAGACGAAAACCACUUUGGUAGUGCCAGUGUGACUCAUCCACAAUGAUUUCUCCAGUGCUCAUCUUGUUCUCGAGUUUUCUCUGCCAUGUUGCUAUUGCAGGACGGACCUGUCCCAAGCCAGAUGAUUUACCAUUUUCCACAGUGGUCCCGUUAAAAACAUUCUAUGAGCCAGGAGAAGAGAUUACGUAUUCCUGCAAGCCGGGCUAUGUGUCCCGAGGAGGGAUGAGAAAGUUUAUCUGCCCUCUCACAGGACUGUGGCCCAUCAACACCCUGAAAUGUACACCCAGAGUAUGUCCUUUUGCUGGAAUCUUAGAAAAUGGAGCAGUACGCUAUACGACUUUUGAAUAUCCCAACACGAUCAGUUUUUCUUGUAACACUGGGUUUUAUCUGAAUGGCGCUGAUUCUGCCAAGUGCACUGAGGAAGGAAAAUGGAGCCCGGAGCUUCCUGUCUGUGCUCCCAUCACCUGCCCUCCACCAUCCAUACCUACAUUUGCAACACUUCAUGUUUAUAAGCCAUCAGCUGGAAACAAUUCCCUCUAUCGGGACACAGCAGUUUUUGAAUGUUUGCCACAACAUGCGAUGUUUGGAAAUGAUACAAUUACCUGCACGACACAUGGAAAUUGGACUAAAUUACCAGAAUGCAGGGAAGUAAAAUGCCCAUUCCCAUCAAGACCAGACAAUGGAUUUGUGAACUAUCCUGCAAAACCAACACUUUAUUACAAGGAUAAAGCCACAUUUGGCUGCCAUGAUGGAUAUUCUCUGGAUGGCCCGGAAGAAAUAGAAUGUACCAAACUGGGAAACUGGUCUGCCAUGCCAAGUUGUAAAGCAUCUUGUAAAGUACCUGUGAAAAAAGCCACUGUGGUGUACCAAGGAGAGAGAGUAAAGAUUCAGGAAAAAUUUAAGAAUGGAAUGCUACAUGGUGAUAAAGUUUCUUUCUUCUGCAAAAAUAAGGAAAAGAAGUGUAGCUAUACAGAGGAUGCUCAGUGUAUAGAUGGCACUAUCGAAGUCCCCAAAUGCUUCAAAGAACACAGUUCUCUGGCUUUUUGGAAAACUGAUGCAUCCGAUGUAAAGCCAUGCUAAGGUGGUUUUCAGAUUCCACAUAAAAUGUCACACUUGUUUCUUGUUCAUCCAAGGAACCUAACUGAAAUUUAAAAAUAAAGCUACUGAAUUUAUUGCCGCA